GCUCUGGACGAGCUGCUUCCACGCAUUGCAUAGCACGCUCAGUCAUGAUCUGUUCCGGAUUAAAGAGUAUUAAAAUUCAGGCUCAGGAUCAGGUCCAUUGAAAGUCCGCUUCAUUCGAUGAAGCCGUGCUCAGAAGUUGCACAGAUUCUCAUUAACGUGUCCAUUGCACACACAUGAUGGAAAUCUCGAGAUCAAUGAGCAGAUAAAGCCUAAAUAUGUGGAGUAACAUGAAAUGAGAUGUCAAGGUUGUCCAGAUCGUCCAUUCUAUUUCGUGCAUGCAUCCAUGGAAGGAAGAACCGCGUACCCACUCACGCGCACAGAGGUUUCAGCUUGUCCACCGCAGUGACCACGAACUUUUGUGGGAUAUUAGAAAAAUUCGACGGAUCCGUUUCCAUUGGAAACUCUGCGUUAUCCUUUUGCAUGAGGAACGGACGAAUACUUCGUGCUCACCUUCGGACAAGAAGUGGAUCAGACUAAGGCGGCUGUGAAGGCUGAAUGCCCCGCUGUGGAAUCGUACGUAGAUAUCGGAGCAGGAGCAGCGCAUGAUGCAGUCGUGAAAGUAAAUCAAAUGUCAUUUGUGCGAGGAGGUGGGUCUCUCUGUCUGAAUUGACUACAGCUGCAUGCAUAUCUACAUGAUCCAGGCCUGUUCUGAGAUCGGAGAAGCAAUUUGGCUCGUAUUCGGAGGGCACACACAGGAGGGUCGUCUCAUUGGCACCCCAUCUGAGUCUGAGCAUUCACCUUCCCUGCCGAGAACUUCAUUGCCCCGCAGUGAUCUAGUGAUUAGCGUACACCUCAAGUCAAGACCUCUUAUUUCAGACUCGAGGAUCAACAGAGUCAUUAGAAUUGGACGAACCAAAUGCUAGCUUUGUGAUGUUCCCUAGUGGGUAGAUUUUCCCUCUUGAGAAGUAAACCGUAAUUACGAAUAGAUUAUAAUCUGAAUCUUUGCAGCUGCGUUAAUAAUUGGUCGUAGUACUUGUUGAUGUCACCUGCAUCAGAGUCUGUACAACCUCAAUUGACAUCAAAUUGAACCACGAGCUUUCAAAUGCAU